AUGGAGAACCUAACGAUAUCCGAUUCCGGACCCCGCGGCGGAGGAGGAGCUGCGCCUCCUCCGGCUGGAAGCGCGCCGGGUGGUCUCCAGGGCCCGCCGGUUCCUCAGCAGUUACCGCCUCAGAUGUUUACGACUGCGGCGCAGCUUUUGGAUCUCACAGAUAAGAAGUUGAUGGUUGCGCUACGUGAUGGAAGGAAACUCAUUGGCAUACUGAGAAGCUGGGAUCAAUUCGCCAACCUCGUCCUCCAAUCAACCAUCGAACGCGUCUUCGUCCCACCCCCCCAAAAAGAAGACGGCACCAUCGACACGACACAGCGCGGCCUCUACGCCGACAUCCCGCGGGGCAUCUUCCUCGUGCGCGGCGAAAAUGUGCUCCUUUUAGGAGAAAUCGACCUCGACAAGGACGACGAGCCGCCGGCGGGGUACGACGCGGCGGAGGCGGCGGUGGUGCAGAAGUUAGCAAGGGAGAGGAAGGAGGCGGAGAAGGCGAAGAGUAAGGCUAGGAUUGGGAGGUUGAAUGCUAUUGGGUUUGAGGGGGAGCAUAUGGGGGACGUGCUGUUGUGA